UUCAUAAAACAAAACACGCACCAGAUUUCAGCAAAUGCACUUCCACCAUGGCUUCCCUUCUCAAAGCUUCUUCCUUUAUUUCUCCUCUACAACUUAACAAGGCGAAUUAUGUUAGCUUCCCAGUGAAAUUCGAUCAUGCUUUCGGAAGAACUGGUAGAUGUCCUGUGUCUAGUUUGUCAGUGAAAGCUCAGCAGAUUGAGGGAAAUGUGCUCGAGAAAGAACCAGUUCGCGCCAACGAAGAAAUGGAUUAUGGGGUUGUUAGUGUACACCAUGUUGGAAUUUUAUGUGAGAACUUGGAAAAAUCACUAGACUUCUACCAAAACGUGCUAGGUCUCAAGAUUAAUGAAGCCAGGCCGCAUGAUAAGCUUCCAUACAGAGGUGCUUGGCUUUGGGUAGGUUCUGAGAUGAUUCAUUUGAUGGAGCUUCCAAAUCCUGAUCCUUUAACUGGAAGACCUGAACAUGGAGGUCGAGAUCGUCAUACAUGCAUCGCAAUCCGGGAUGUGUCGAAGCUGAAAACAAUCCUUGAUGAAGCUGGUAUACCUUACACACUAAGCAAAUCUGGAAGACCAGCAAUCUUCACACGUGAUCCAGAUGCUAAUGCUCUAGAAUUUACACAAGUAGACGUCUGAUAUUAUUGGCUAUUGAGUUGGAUAAAAAGUCUCUAGAAAUGAGUGUACAGAUGAAUUCAUAUAUGUAAUGUAAAGGAUUACGCAUAUUGAACACUACUCAAGUAACCUGCCAUGCAGAAGCAGCAUCAAUGUAUUAGCUGAUCUUGUAUGAUGGUGCUGUUUUUCAUAGUGAUAUCAUAUUCAGAGUACAUCUUUUUUUUCAUUUUGGGUCAGAAUAUUAAGAAUAUAUUUUAAUA